AUGCACAACAUGAUCGUGGAGGACGAGCGCGAUGGUAGCAUCUACAAUCAAGGGUUUGCUUUCCAGGGUGAAAAUGUUGAGUCUGAGCAUCCACCUCCCGCAACCUUUGAACAGUUUGUCGAGUUUCAUCGGGAGUUGCGUAAUUGGCAUACUCAUGUCCAGCUCCAGGAUGACUUGGUUGAGCACUUUGCUUCCGUUCUCUCGACCACGGCAACGGGGAGCACAGCGUUGGCUCUCAUCGUCCUCGCCGCCUUCGUCUUGUCCAUGCUGUCUACCUCGCUCGCCGUCACCUCGUCCUACGUCCGGCCCAGGCCGAGGGCGACGCUCUCCUUGCCCAAGGACGCCGGCGGUCCGACGCCGACGCAGGUCCAUAUAUCGACUGUUGGCCAUGACGAGAUGAGGGUGACAUGGAUCACUGAAGACGAUGCACCGGCAGUCGUGGAGUACGGCACGACCUCAGGCCAGUACCCAUUCUCAGCGACAGGAACCACCACGAGCUACUCGUACCUAGCCCUCUACCACUCGGGGAACAUCCACGACGCCGUCGUCGGCCCACUGAAACCCAGCACCACGUACUACUACCGGUGCAGCUCCGACCCGUCGCGCGAGUUCUCCUUCCGGACGCCGCCGGCCAGCCUCCCCUUCACCUUCGUCAUCGUCGGUGACCUCGGACAGACCGGCUGGACCAAGAGCACGCUGCAGCACAUCGCGGCCGCCGACUACGACAUGCUCCUCCUCCCCGGCGACCUGUCGUACGCCGAUUUCCUCCAGCCGCGCUGGGACUCGUACGGCCGGCUCGUCGAGCCGCUGGCUAGCGCGCGGCCGUGGAUGGUGACCGAGGGCAACCACGAGAUCGAGAGGAUCCCGCUCCUCGAGCCGCGUGCCUUCAAGGCCUACAACGCGCGGUGGCGCAUGCCGUACGACGCCGGCGACUCCCCGUCGGGGUCGAACCUCUACUACUCCUUUGACGUCGCGGGCGGCAUGGUGCAUGUCAUCAUGCUAGGCUCGUACACGGGCUUCGAGGCCGGCACGGCGCAGCACGAGUGGCUGCGGGGCGACCUCGCCAGGAUCGACCGCGGCAAGACGCCGUUCGUGGUGGCGCUGGUGCACGCGCCGUGGUACAACAGCAACGAGGCGCACCAGGGGGAAGGCGACGACAUGCGGGACGCCAUGGAGGCGCUGCUCCGCGCGGCGCGCGUGGACGCGGUGUUCGCGGGCCACGUGCACGCGUACGAGAGGUUCACGCGCGUCUACGGCGGCAUGGAGGACCAGUGCGGGCCGGUGUACGUGGCCAUCGGAGACGGCGGGAACCGGGAAGGGUUGGCAGACGAGUAUAUCGACCCACAGCCCAAGACGUCGGUGUUCCGGGAAGCGAGCUUCGGCCACGGCAGGCUGCAGGUGGUGAAUGCGACACACGACGACGACCAGCCGGUGGUGGCCGACCAGGUGUGGAUCGCCAGUCUCGCUUCUAACCCGGAUUGUAACAAUCCAGCGGGAACGGGGGCUCAGGCCUGA